ACACCAAUGGCCAUCCUGCACUAGACUGGGCUUCAGGGUCUGAAGGAGUUAAUGUAGUCAGGAAGUGAGAGCUGGUAGCGGAGGCCCUGGAUUGGACGGUGUAGAGGCGGAAGGGAAAGGAGGGGUGUGUCGCUGUCAGCGUGUACCAGUCUCCUCUGCUUCUCUGGGCUUAGUCCCGUCUGACAGCAGACAUGCCUGGGUUAUUGCUGGGGGACUGCUUCCCAGACUUUGAGGCCGACACCACGAUCGGCAGGAUCAAAUUCCAUGAGUUCCUGGGAGAUGAUUGGGGUGUCCUUUUCUCCCACCCGAGGGAUUAUACGCCAGUGUGCACCACAGAGCUGGGGCGGGCAGCAAAACUAGCGCCAGAAUUCAAGAAACGCAAUGUCCGCAUGAUCGCUCUGUCCAUAGACUCUGUGUCAGACCACAUUGGCUGGAGCAAGGACAUAAAUGCAUACAACUGCGAGGAGCCCACAGAGACUCUCCCCUUUCCAAUUAUUGCAGAUCCUAAACGGGAUCUUGCUGUGCAGCUAGGAAUGUUGGAUCCUGAUGAGAAGGACAAUGACGGGAUGCCAGUCACAGCGCGAUGUGUGUUCGUUAUUGGCCCGGAUAAGAAAAUGAAGCUGUCAAUAUUGUAUCCAGCAACCACCGGCAGAAAUUUUGAUGAGAUCUUGAGAGUAGUAGACUCCCUUCAAUUAACGUCAAACCACAACGUUGCAACUCCGGUGGACUGGAAGCUUGGUGACAGAGUUAUGGUCCCACCGAAUGUUCCUGAGGAAGAGGCUAGCAGAAUCUUCCCUUGUGGCGUUUUCACCAAAGAGCUGCCUUCUGGGAAAAAAUACCUGCGAUAUACCGCUCAGCCAAAAUAAUGCAGUAUUAGAGCUCCUUCUGCCUUCACCGCGAGGAAGAAACCAUCCUACACUAAGGGGGUUAGUCUGAGUUUUUAGCAUUUCAAGAAAGUUAGCAAUUGGGCAAAACCAUGUGCAGUGCAGGUGGGGCAGAUGUAACAUGUGCAGAGAGAGUUAGGUUUGGGUGGGGGGUGUUCCAACUGACAUCUAAAUUGCAGUGUAAAAGUAAAGCAGCCAGUAUUUACCCUGCACAGAAACAAUACACCCCACCCAAAUCUAAUUAUUUCUGCACAUGUUAUAUCUGCCUCCCCUGCAGUGCAACAUGCUAACUUUUUGGUUUGCUAGAAAUUCUAAAUAACCCCCUAAAUCUGUUUAGUCAUGUAUCUUACAGUGUUACUGAAGACUGUCUUUCAUAUGAAUAGCGGAUACUUGAAACAUUUGGUUUUCUCUUAUGCUUACUUUUGUCUGAAUCUCCCUACUAAUGUUUAUGCCACUGACAUUAAUGCCACUUCCACACAGAAAAGUGUGAAAAUCACGGCUUUUACCCGGCAUUUCACGGCUCCAGCCUUACCCCCCUUUCACACAGGAAAGCAACUUACAGAGUGAAGCAGUUCUACCCGGUAAUCUGCGGACCAACCCGGGUAUUUCUCCUGUAUGAAAAGGGUCAUCCUGGGUCAAAAUUGCCGGGUGGAAGUCCUGGGAAUUUCGUCCCGGGUGACCUUUUCAUAGAGAUUAAGGACACGUGUUGAUGUGCUUCAUUUGGUUUCCUGUGUGAGAGGGGUAGGACUCAUAUUCUUAUCAAAUCUGUAGUUCAUUUUGGCCGAUCGUGUUAGCGUUGGUGCUUCUCAGAUGUGUGGAUUGGAAGAUAUUGGCAGCACCGCGCCUUUCUGACCAAACCCGUGCAUUAACCACAUUUUGCUUUUUUUUUGCAUUGUUGUAAAAUUCUUUAAUUUUUGACACUUUUGGACAUCCUGUGGGAUUUCUCUUUCUGAAUAAAUGUUCCAUGUGACUUCAAA